UAUCAACCAUAUUCCACCUAAACCCCGUAAGAUUCUUCAACUUUUGCGUCUUCUCCAAAUCAAUAACGGUGUAUUUGUUCGAUUAACUAAGGCAACAAAACAAAUGCUCCAAUUGGUUACACCCUAUGUUGCAUAUGGUGAACCAAAUUUAAAGUCUGUCAGUGAACUUAUUUACAAACGUGGUUAUGCGAAAGUAAACAAGCAACGUAUCCCUAUAACCGACAAUGCUAUCAUUGAACAAAAUUUGGGGAAAUUUGGUAUUAUCUGCAUCGAAGAUUUGGUUCAUGAGAUUUACACUGUUGGUCCAAAU